AUGCUCCCUCAACAAGCGCCACCAAUCACCAUGCUCCCUCAACAAGCGCCACUAAUCAACAUGCUCUCAAAAAGAAGCGCCACCAAUCAACAUGCUCCCUCAACAAGCGCCACCAAUCAACAUGCUCCCUCAACAAGCGCCACCAAUCAACAUGCUCUCACAACAAGCGCCACCAAUCAAUAUGCUCUCACAACUAGCGCCACCAAUCAACAUGCUUCCACAACUAGCGCCACCAAUCAACAUGCUUCCACAACUAGCUCCACCAAUCAACAUGCUUCCACAACUAGCGCCACCAAUCAACAUGCUUCCACAACUAGCGCCACUAAUCAAUAUGCUCGCACAACAAGCACCACCAAUCAACAUGCUUCCACAACAAGCGCCACAAUCAACAUGAUCCCACAACAAGCGCCACCAAUCAACAUGCUCCCACAACUAGCGCCACCAAUCAACAUGCUCCAACUUAGUAACAAAUUACUUUCCAAACAUUUUUCAUUGGUCUGA